AUGGCCGACUCGUCAAUUAUAACGAAUCCUGAAGCCACUGUCCACCGGCCGGAUAUGAAAAAGCCAGAUCCAAUACCGCCUUCGAAUUCCAAUGCCCCCGGGGUAGCAUCGCCAGUGCCUUCUCCUGCAACCGACGCCAAAAGUCGCCCUUCAUCGUUCAAAAAUGACUUGGGACGGGAUGGGACGAUUGAACGCGCUGGGGGAGGCAGCGGUAUCAUCAAAGAGAACGAUGAAAAUGGAGAGGCUGACCGUUUGGACAUGGUAACGGCCCUGGGGGACAGGUCCGAGCCACUGAACACUCGGCCGCCAAACCACUCGGGCGAUGGACUGCCUGGGCACAGGCAUCAUUCCUCACUGCCCGGAAAUCCCUCCUCAUCCCGUCGUCCAAGCGUGCAAUUCACUCGUGACGCCUCCGAUAAUGAACUCCCUUCAGAGUUACCCCACUCCAGGCCCUCAUCUGUCUUAGGAGAAGAUGCAGAUCCGACAUCGAAGGGAAAACAGUCGAUUUUUACGAAAUUAAAAGCCUUCGCAGCUUCGCCUUCCUUUGCCUCACACUCUCGUUCGGCCAGUGGUGCGACUAUCGGCGAGUCUCGAACAAUGGCCGGGGAUUUAGCAACCCCAGGCUCCGAAAGAGGGGAAUUUCGGUUCCCAGACACAUUGGAGGAAGAAGGAAGUGAUAUUGAUGCUGACGCCGAGGAAAGUGCUGGGGAGCAGCGCACACGCUUGCGGAAGAAAAAGAAGCAACCACGCCGCCGACAGCAGCCACCGGAGAACGAUUCGGCCCCUGGAACCGCUCCUACGACACCUAGAACAAGUCGGCCUUCAUUUAACCGAUACGGUUCUUUUACUCCUUUCGAGAACUACCGCCACAACUUUUUCCCUCGAAGAGCAAGUGCUGCUGACAUCCACCAACAGCGCGAGGGUGUGUCGGAGGAUGAGGGACGUGACCGCCUUAAUAGAAACCGCGCCAUGAGACGAAGGAGUGCCUGGCUCGCCAAUGCUCGUGGCUUGAGCUACGGGCUGGGUGCGAAUGCAGAGGAAAGACGGUCGGGUAACCUGAGGCGAUUCGCCGGAUUGGCGGGCCCUUCUGAAAACUCAGAGAACCUUGCGGCACGCCGGCGCAAUCGUGGUGACCGCGGCUCUAGUCUUAGCACCCAAAGAUGGAAGCAGAUCAAGGCUGGAUUAAAGCUUAUCGGACAGCGUCGCAAGGCCGACAAUACGGUUGACCAUGCCAAAUCAGCGGAACUACUAGCAGAGCUAACCUCUGGGGUGCCGGCCGCCCUGAUUUUAGCUAGCAUGUUCCAACGAGACGAACACGGUAGCAAGCGUAUCCCAAUCCUGCUUGAACAACUAAAGGUCCGCGUUACAGAUAGCCGUAUCGAUUCCAAUUCGGGUGACCGUCACCUGGUUUUCCGAAUCGAACUCGAAUAUGGCAGCGGCAUGACACGGAUGAAAUGGAUCAUCCACCGAACCCUACGGGAUCUUGCCAAUCUGCAUCUGAAAUACAAGCUUCACUUCGGAACACAAAAAUAUAUUCAAUUACGGAAUCCUGAAGGGGGGCAUACUCGUCUCCCACGCUUUCCUCGGAGCGCGUUCCCCUAUUUGCGUGGAGUUCGUGGAUUGGAAAGUGAGAUGGAGGAUGAAGAGGAUGAAGUUGGCUACGAGACAGAAGCCAAUGCCACUAGUGGUAACGAGAGGGGUGGGAAGAAGAAGAAACAAAAUCAGCAACAGUCAUCGCGACGAUCGUCCGCUGCCUUAUCCCGCAAGAAGUCCAACGCCACCAAUCCGCAGGAGGGUGAGAACACAGCAGCGGAAGCAGGCCCUGCCAACAAGAAGGAAUCUUAUCCAGAGAAACAACGGAAGAAGCUCGAGGCUUAUCUUCAGAAGAUGAUCCGGUUCCUAAUCUUCCGGCCAGACAGCAAUCGUCUGUGCAAGUUUUUGGAGUUAUCGGCAUUGGGUGUUCGUCUCGCAGCUGAAGGCAGUUACCACGGCAAGGAAGGGUUCUUGAUCAUUCAGUCAUCCAAGGGCUUGGAUUUCCGCCGGGCUCUUACGCCAGCCAUGGUGAAGAAACGUCAUUCCCCUAAAUGGUUCCUAGUGAGACACAGCUACGUGGUUUGCGUCGACUCACCCGAAGAGAUGAAUAUCUACGAUGUCUUCCUGGUCGAUCCUUUCUUCAAGAUGCAGACACAAAAGAUCAGCUUGCGAAACCAGAAAGCGAAGGAGCUGGCAAAGUCUGCAAAAGAAUCAGCCAGACACCCGCAACAUCACACCCUGAGACUUGAGAACUCGGAGCGAAAGAUGAGACUGCUGGCCAGAAAUGAACGUCAGCUAACCCAGUUCGAAGAUUCAAUCCGGUUCAUGGUGAGCAACACUCCAUGGGCCAGGCCAAAUCGCUUUGACAGCUUUGCUCCUGUCCGUCACAAAUGUUUCGCACAAUGGCUUGUUGAUGGGCGUGACCACAUGUGGAUGGUUUCGCGAGCGAUCAACCAGGCCAAGGAUGUUAUCUACAUCCACGACUGGUGGCUGAGUCCCGAGCUCUACAUGCGACGGCCAGCGGCGAUCAGUCAGAAAUGGCGUCUGGAUCGUCUUCUGCAGCGCAAGGCCCGUGAAGGGGUGAAGAUUUUUGUCAUCAUGUACCGAAACAUCAACUCUGCUAUUCCGAUCGACUCGGAAUACUCCAAGUUUUCUCUUCUGGAUCUGCACCCGAACGUCUUCGUGCAGAGAUCUCCGAACCAGUUCCGGCAGAACACUUUCUUCUGGGCUCACCACGAGAAGCUGUGCAUCAUCGAUCACACCCUGGCUUUUGUUGGCGGAAUUGACUUGUGUUUUGGAAGAUGGGAUACUCCCCAACACCAACUCACGGACGAUAAGCAGACGGGUUUUGAGACGGCUGACAUGCCCAAGGACGCAGACCAUUGCCAACUCUGGCCCGGAAAAGACUAUUCCAACCCGCGUAUUCAAGACUUCUACGAGCUCGACAAGCCAUACGAAGAGAUGUAUGACCGCAAUACGAUACCUAGAAUGCCGUGGCACGAUAUUUCCAUGCAUGUUGUUGGCCAACCAGCCAGAGAUCUCACCCGGCAUUUCGUGCAACGAUGGAACUACAUCCUACGACAGAGAAAGCCGACUCGCCCGACCCCCUUCUUGUUGCCCCCGCCAGAUUUCGAUCCCAGGGACUUGGAAGCCCUUGGCCUGGAUGGAUCUAGCGAAGUCCAGAUCCUGCGUUCUAGUAGCAUGUGGUCGACUGGAACACCUGAAGUUACGGAACACAGUAUCAUGAAUGCCUAUGUUAAGCUGAUCGAAGAAUCCGAGCAUUUCGUCUACAUCGAGAAUCAGUUCUUCGUCAGCACAUGUGAGAUCGAUGGCAGGAAGAUCGAAAACCUUAUUGGAGAUGCUCUGGUGGAAAGGAUUACCCGAGCAGCCAAGAACGGUGAAGCAUGGCGCGCUGUCAUCGUCAUUCCACUAAUGCCCGGUUUCCAGAAUACCGUGGAUAGCGAAGGUGGAACGAGUGUCCGCCUUAUCAUGCAAUGUCAAUAUCGAAGCAUCUGCCGUGGAGAGACCUCGAUAUUCGGGCGGCUCCGUGCCCUAGGAAUUGAGCCCGAAGAAUACAUACAAUUCUUCAGUCUUCGAACCUGGGGCAAGAUUGGUGACCAGAGCCAGCUUGUCACGGAGCAGCUCUAUAUCCAUGCCAAGUGUAUGGUGGUGGACGAUCGGGCUGCGAUCAUUGGGUCAGCCAAUAUCAAUGAGCGGUCUAUGCUUGGAUCGCGGGAUUCAGAGGUAGCGGCAGUCGUGCGUGACACGAAUAUGAUCUGGUCUACCAUGAAUGGUCAGCCUUACCUUGUCGGGCGGUUCCCGCACACACUUCGUAUGCGUCUGAUGAGAGAGCAUUUGGGCAUCGAUGUCGAUGAAUUGUUGGAGCAUGAUAUUGCUGCUGAAGAAGAGAAGCAAAUGUUUGAAAUGGCGGAGGGAAACUCGAAGGCUCCCGAAGCCAGAGAGGAUGCUGAAACCGCGGCUAUGAUGUUAGAAAAGCAGGAUGAACGGGAUAUGAUUGAACGUCGCCAUCAGAUGCAAGACGAGUUCCUUUCUCGGUCCGAGGACAUGCAUAGUUUCAACCACGACAUCGAUUGGGAGCAAGGCAACAACCCGAAUCUCAAAACCAGCAAGAAAAUGACCACUGAUGCGAGAGUCACACAGAAUGCUGAGCACAGGAAAGAUGUCGAUGGUGAUGGUCCCGAUCGCCUAAACUCCGCUACACAAGCCGGCCUAGGGGAUGCACGCGAUUCCAAGUUUGUCGACAGCCGCAAGGAAGUUCUGGUAUCGCCUGUCUCGGCUGAAGGAAAGGGCAGUCUACAGCAACCCAGGCAAACGGGACAGCCACAACCCCCACAAGUUGCUCCCAACGAGGAAUUGCAAGAACAGGCUGCUCCAGCUUCCCCGGAGACCGGAUCAGCAUUGUCUCCUAUCAUAGAAGGACUACCCAGUGUACUGCGUCCAAGCUCGGCAUCGAACGUUGACGUUGAAAGCAGCCACAGUGGUGCUGCGCUGGGCUCGAAAGAAAGAUACGAUGCUGCAAAAUACCCACAGCCUCUUUCGUCAGAAUUGAAGCAUAUCUUCGUGGACAAGGACUGUAUGAGAGACCCAGUGACUGAUAUCUUCUACCUGGACACCUGGCAAGCUGUAGCUGAGAAGAACACCAAGAUCUAUCGAAGUGUGUUCCGUUGCAUGCCAGACAGUGAGGUGAAGUCCUGGAAGGAGUACAAAGAAUAUGCCACGUAUGGAGAGCGCUUUGCAGAGAUGCAAAGCCAGCACAGUGCCAAAGCAUUUCAGCCACCGCAGCAGCGAGCAAGUGGUCCUCCCGGUGCGGAUGCAGCCACGACGACACCCGCCAAACCUCCUCAGCCUAACACUGAACUCGUCGACAAAAAGGGAUCUCAGUCCCCGGACGAAAAGUCUUCCCAUAACCAAGAGCCUAUCAAUGAAAAGUCACAUGAUCAUGGAACAAGUGCCGACGACCUUGAGAAGUCACAGUCAAACCCGCCGCCGCUAGUUGACUACUCGGAUGCUUUGAAUCGCAACGCAACACUAUCACGGAAGCGGAGACGAAGGGCGACGACGCUUGGCUCGAAGCGGGAUUUCCUUGCGUCGGAUGAGGUGAUGGAUAAGGAACGAUCAGAGGAAUUGUUGCACAAGGUCCAGGGACAUCUGAUUCUUUGGCCUUAUGACUGGUUCGCUUCCCUUGUUAUGAACGUGUUUCUAGGAGUUCUAAUACUAACUGAUUCCAGGCUUGAGAAAGAAGAGCAGGGUGGGAACUGGCUCUAUGCACUUGAUCAGAUCUCGCCCCUGGAGAUUUAG